AUGGCCACCUUGGCCUCGUCCGUCCCGACCUCGCCCUCGUGGCCGAAACGGCGUCCGAAAGCCUGGGCUCUCCGCUGUGAGCGAUACUGCUGUGCAGCUGCAAGUUGCUUCCCACUCGUCUUUGUCUAUGGCAUCACAACUUGGGCUAUAUAUGUUGCCAUCAGCAUCGGCGUCAAGCCAUCAAGGAGCUCCUGGAUCGGCAUUCCGAGUACUAUCGUCGCAUUUACACUCUAUUCCCUCCUGAACUUCUCUUACAGCGUCGCGGUCUUCACCGAUCCGGGGUCACCGCUCUCGACUCGCCGCGGCGCCGACCGUCAUGAAUACAGCGCCCUCCCACCCUCCGAGCACCCGGAGUUUGUUUCUUACACUGUGAGCUCUACUGGUGAAUCGCGAUACUGCAAGAAGUGUCAAUGCCCCAAACCAGACCGCGCCCACCAUUGCUCGACAUGUAAACGAUGCGUCCUCAAAAUGGAUCACCACUGUCCCUGGCUGGCGACAUGUGUUGGGCUGCAUAACUAUAAGGCAUUUUUGCUCUUUCUGAUAUAUACCUCUAUUUUCUGCUGGGUUGUAUUUGGCAUCGCAGCCGUCUGGGUCUGGACCGAGAUAUUGAAUGACACCCAGUACAUGGAUACCAUCCUCCCUGUCAAUGUGGUUCUCCUGGCUAUUCUGGGUGGCAUCAUCGGACUAGUUUUGAGCGGAUUCACCGCCUGGCACAUCAGUCUGGCUGUGCGAGGAACAACCACCAUUGAAUGUCUGGAGAGAACGCGAUAUGUAUCGCCUCUACGCAAAGCGUUGGACAGACAGCGCAACGAACAGGCACCCAGAGAUAAUUACUGGGGCGAACCGGAGGACACGCUCACCGGCCGACUGCAGGGAGUUGGUAAUCAGAUCAUUGAUGCCCACGCCAAUGCGAUUCCCGGCGUCACUCGCCCGGAAGAGGGCGAGGAGAGGCUAUCUCCUUUACCACGGCCAUCAGGGCCUCCAGACGGAACGAGCAAUCAACUGUCACCGGCUCAGCAGGCUCUGACUCGCUCAUAUGCGGAGAUGGAGCGACAGCGCGAGUACGAUCGGUACCACGAGUAUCAAAACGACGAAGACAACGAAAAGACGCCCAGUGCGUUCGACCAUGGAUGGCGAAAGAACUUGCUUCAUCUGUUCGGCGAUCGUCCGGUCCUUUGGGCGCUCCCAAUCUGCAAUACCACGGGAGAUGGCUGGCGCUGGGAGCCGAGUCAGAGUUUCCUCGAAGCGCGCGAACGUAUGCGUCUCCGCCGCGAGCAAGAAUCCUCCGAGGAGCAGCAGUACUACCGUGAACUGUAUCAGCGCAACUUGGACAAUAGCCAUGCAUGGCGGGAGGGUGCCGCUCAGCCUGUGCGAGCGGCGAAUCGUGCUCGCACGCCUGAUCGGCCACCAACGUCUGUCUCGAUGCAAACCCUUGCCCCUCGGUCUCCAAGGCCGAGGCCAGGUGACAGUGAUUUUGGAGAUGAAGUUGAAGGGAAUGGGUUAUUGGAUCCGACUCGUCCACAGGCCUCGCGCCAUGACACUGAUGAAUGGAGGGAUUGGGAUUAG